AUCAGAGAAGCCCAACUGGGAUUACCAUGCAGAGAUACAAGCUUUUAGCCACCGGCUACAUGAGAAUUUUUCUUUGGAUCUUCUCAAGACUGCGUUUGUUAAUUCUUGUUAUAUUGAAAGUGAAGAGGCAAGACGCCGAGAACUUGGCCUAGACAAAGAAACGGUUGCUCUUAAUCUACAAGAUAAUAGUAAACUUGCUGAACAAGGAAUGUCUUUUUCACGUUCUUACCUGACACAGUGCUUUGAAGGUGCCUACCCAGAUUUACCUGCAAAGGGUGUAGAAGCACUUGUUGAUUUUCUUACCAGUCAGGAACUUGUUUCUUAUGUGGCUCAAAACCUGUCUGUACAGGACCUGACGCUUUGCAGAGAGUUUCCUGUCCCACCAAAUGUGCUACAGAGGACAUUCUUUGCUGUGAUAGGAGCCUUGCUGGAUAGCAGUGGGCCUGAGAAAACAAGGAUCUUUGUCAGGGAUUUUCUUAUUCCCCAACUGAUUGGAAAAGACCUGUUUGAGAUCUGGCAAGUUGUAAAUCCUAUGGGCUUACUAGUGGAAGAACUGACCAAGAGGAAUAUCUCUUCUCCAGAACCAAGAAUUACCAGGCAGUUGGGAGUCAGCACGGUUCUGCCACUGUACUUUGUUGGGUUGUACUGCGAUAAGAAGAUUAUAGCUGAAGGUCCGGGUGAAACGCUGCUUGCUGCAGAGGAAGAAGCUGCCCGUGUGGCACUGCGGAAGCUCUAUGGGUAUACGGAGAACAGGAGACCUUGGGAUUACUCAAAACCCAAACAAGGAUUGGUGACUGAAAAGGCUAUCAGCAGUAACUAG